UGCAUUUGGUGGCACAGGAGAUCCAACACUGAGAGAAUUCUGGUAACUCUCUGCUUACUACUGUUCAUAUCAUGCAUGGCCCUCAUUAUAGCGAAUGUCAUGAUGGGCGGAUUGUUAAGACAAGCAGAUAACUUUUCAAGAAAAACGUGCCACUCCAAGGAAUGCAUUAAAGCUGCUGCCCGUCUUUUAGAGAAGAUGGAUCCAUCCGUGGACCCUUGCGAUGAUUUCUACCAGUUCGCAUGCGGCAACUAUCUGAGCAGUAACACCGUACCUGAUGAUCAUUACCUGCGUUCCACAAUACAGACGAUGCAGGACGACCUAUACGUAACGCUCAAAAAGCUCGUUGAACAACCUGUCUCAGUGAACGACUCUGAUGCCAUACUCAAAGUUAAAAAGCUGUAUACUUCCUGCAUGAAUACAAGCAGCAUAGAGGAUGGAUCUGUGAAGGUACUGCGCGAGCUGUUGACUGACUCUGGUAUUGGUGAGUGGCCUAUUCUAGAUCAUCGAUGGAAUAAAUCAGAAGUUGACCUCGAGUGGCGACUGGCCAUGCUGCACGUGCAUCAGGUCCAACCUUUCUUCCACACCUUCGUUGCUCCAGAUGACAGAAAUUCCUCAGUCUACCUUCUGCAUGUAUAUUCAGGUUCACCCAUACUAAACACGCAGUACUAUUUAAAUACUUCGGAGCCAGAUUAUGUGCGGUACAUUCUGUCCUACAAGAACCUUAUCGCAGAAACAGCUCGCCUACUGAAAGCUCAAGAAGCGGUAGUGAAGAGGGAUAUUGAAGCCAUGUUGCAGUUUGAAGUCGAUUUUGCCAAUAUUUCACAAGAUGAUCCUAUGGAUUCCUUAAAUGAAACGAAUCAGUCGGAUGAUGAUUUCGUUUUCAACAAAUUCAACAUUUCGAUGUUGGAAGACAUGAUACCACAG